UGAUGAUUUCCUGAUUUUCAUCAUUCUUCCCUCUUAUGGUUGUGUAGAUGUAUUGUGAUGAUAUUUACACGUUUUCUCCCAAGUUCUCAGUUGGACUUACAUUUUUAACAUUCACUUGCUUUCUCUCCAUUAAAGGCGCUCUAUGUAACAAUUCCACCUGAAAAUAGCCCUUCGUGUCAAUGACAUACAGUAUCUGUUGUUUGAAUCUAUAGAGUAACUUGUUUACUGGCAGGUGGCCACGUUCAUUGCAUCAAAACAGCAGCUUCUUCCUGUUUCUGAGGUUGAAGACAAUAACACUACUUCGUGUCCGUGUGUUACAUGGGCUUUCUCUGGAAACUAGAGGCUGGGAAAUUCCCCCUUAUUCCACCUCAUGCUCUGUACAUGCCGAACUGUGAGGAAAACAAAAUGAUCUGUAAAUUGUUUCAUAGAACACAUUUGAAAUAAACAUUUUAUACAGCUUUUAACCAAAUGUUUCAUAGUUUAACCAAAUGUUUUGGCAGAGAAUCUAAACAAAACGGCCAGUUCUCUAACCCCAAUAAACUUGUCGAGGCUAUCGGUGUGGAAAACGUCCUUACGUAGGUACACUUCCUCUGGGUGAAUCUGCAGUGAAUAUAGGACUUUGUUGGUGGGGCUCCAUCCUUCAUUCGUCAUCAUGAAGACAUGUUGACAGAGAUUUCUUCACUGCGCGGCGUCAAUUAGUCUAGCCUACAGUAAUGUGUAAUGCUUCUUCCAUGAAGUAAUGUCACUUUGAGCGAGUUCAGAACAGUGAAAUGUGCCUGUAUCGGAAGAUAUCAAAGGGCAAAUUCACCCGUCAUUCUACAAUGACGUACAUUCCAUUACACUCGUAUCGGAGAACAUCAAAUUCAAGUCAAGGUUCAAGCCUUGUUAUUACGAGAAUGGCGGAAGGUGUAAUUCACGCUAACUGGAUCCCGUCCAACAAGAUGACUGCGUGUGCACGUUCAUUCAGGAGAAUACAGAGCAACGGUCUGUCUUACGUUGUUCAGAAGUGUGCUAAUGCAUGUGUGACUGUUGCAGGCCGACUGUCCCGGAUCUCGUUAAAGUGUCUUACUGCAGCUGGACUUCAGUAAACACAAACUCAACGACGGUUGUAAAUCCCACGGCAUACCCCUGUCUUAUACACACUCAAAAUAAUACAAACAUUGUCAUCAGUACCUGCCAUUUCCCCGUCUUCAACUAACACAGCCGUCAUGACGUUGAGCAAUCGGUAUGGAAGACAAACAACAAAGAUAUGUUUAUUUGAUGUCUUGUGAAAAUUGUAAAUGAUUGAAUCCAACCGAAACACUUUAAAAGAAGUGUUGAGCCGUUUCACAAUUGAACACUUGUUUUUUAACACUUGAAAAGAGCAUUAAACAGAUAGGAAAGUUGGAAACCAUAAGCUCUAAUUUGGUACCAAUUUUUGCUCUUUGACAUUGCGCACAGUUUUCUAGUAAAUACCAAGUUGCUUACCAUGAGCAUAACAUGCUGGAAAAAAAUUGUCACUGUAGUAAAAAUAAAUACUAUUCGUCUUAGAAGGGACCGACAAGGAGGAAGCCCUUAUAUAGCCACUGUGCAUUUCCUACCAUGGGCUUUUCACAUUCUCCAGGUCCUUACAACUUUAUGUUAUUAUAAACUCCUUCGAAUCGACCUGACUCAUCCUUAUACCGUCAAUCCCUGUGACCUCCCCCUGACGUUCUCCAUUACCUCCUUUAUAAGGAUGCACACCGUGCUACAUUUUAGAAUUUUGGGUGAAGACAGCUUUCUAGUUGUUUCUCUAUUUAUUUGUUAUUUAUUUUAUUUAUUCUGUUGACAUAUCCAGAAACAUUGCCGAACCAGAUUAUUUAUUUUUUUGCAAGAGCUCUCUCUUGUCAAUUUCAUCUCGCAAAUGUCCUUGUGUGCACACAUCUCCCUGUUCUCCUGCUCCCUUCUGGUCCUCCUAUCUCUCUCUAUAUCAUCAUAUAUUCCUGACUCCAACCCACUCCUGCUCUUCAAUGAUCAAGUCAGAGAAAGACAUCUCUACACAGAUAAUCAAAGAAAAGAACUGUUUCUGGAGAUGACCCCUGAUGGAAAAGUGACAGGGAGCCCUGCUCAGACCUUUCACAGUGUGUUGGAGAUGAGGUCAGUUCGACAAGGUGAGACAGUUAUCAAGGGUGUGUCCUCAUCCCUUUUCCUCUGUGUGGACAGCAUUGGCCAGUUGAGGGGACAGAGCCACUACACAGAGGCCGACUGCUCCUUCAGAGAGCUGCUGCUAGCUGAUGGAUACUCUCGUUUCUUCUCUUCACAUCACAAACUGUAUGUGUCCCUCGCCUCAAAAGGCUCCACACCGCAACAUGGGCUCCCGUUCUCGCGGUUCCUACCCCUGAGGAACAUUUUGGUAUCUAGAAGUAUGACGAAUACAGCUGAAAAUCGACAACAGAAUCAGCAACAGCUUGACCUGGACUCGGAUAACCCUUUCGGCAGGGGUCUCACUGGUGUUGUCAGUCCACAGUUCUCCAGGGAUAAGUGAAGUUAAAAAUUGAGUUUGUUGAUGGAAGUAUACAAUGAACCAAGUAUAUUUAUUUCAAGGUUUACUGGAUUGUAUAACCAUGUUAAUUCCUAAAGUGAUUUCUUUUCACUUGUGGUAGAAACACUGUUACUUUUAUUGCCCCGUGGCAAAUGUUUUGGCUCGAAGAGUUCGGUAAGUAGAUGGUGAACUUUAGUUCCAUAACUCUAUGAUGGGACUGACUGCUGUGUAUAUUGUCUCACUUUGAAUGUCAUGUUGAAUAUGUUAUAUGCAGUAUAUUUCACUCUUGUGUCAUGAAUUCAAGUUUGAAUCAUUGUACUGUAGCUAUAAUUUAUUGUGUUAUUUAUAUUUGAAGCCUAAAUGCAACCUAGUCUCAGAUAAUUUCGUAUUAUUCUGUAUGUAAAUCCGAGACUCACUUUUUAUUAUGAUAUGUUACAUUUCGUAUGAAUGUAGUACUUUGUGGAGGUCCAGUAUCCAUUUCGUAUUAUAUGUUACAAAUUACAAUUUGUAUGAUAUGAUACUAAUUUGCAAACGUACAAUAUGUAACGCUUUUGCAAAAAUGUAUGAUAUGUUAUCAAUUCCAAUUUUUUGGUUGCCAAUGUUAGCUAGGUGGCUAAGUGGCUAACCCUAACAUUAGCUAGCUGGCUAAUGUUAGCUAGGCUAGGGAUUAGGGUUAAGGAUAGGGUUAAAGUUAGGAGUUAGGUUAAUGGUUUAAGGUUAGGGGAAUGGUUAGCUAACAUGCUUAGUAGUUGCAAAGCAGCUAAAAAGUAGUAAGUAGCUGAAAAGUUGCUAAUUAGCUAAAAUGAUGAAGUUGUCCGUUAUGAAAUUUGAACAUGCAACCUAUGGGUUCCUAGACAUUCACGCUAUAUAUGUCAACCCAUCCACCCUCCCUUCUUACAUGAUUGCUUUAAGUAACCUUCUGUCUUAUGUAACCAUAGCAAAUGUAACAUAUCAUACUAAUUUGAGUGUCCCGGAUUUACUUUUACUAUGUUACGUUCAGUCUAUGAGACCAGGUUGCUAAAUUAUGUAUGAACAAUAGUUCUAUCUGGCUAUUGACACCAUGUCUAGGAGUUUAUUGAUAUUAUAGUCCAAGAGAGUAUUGCUAAAUAAAUAAACAAAUAAAUAAAGGGUAAUUUUGUAACACAGCUUUAUAUAUGCUCAUGUUUUCUAGUGAAGUAUGACUAGGCUGUCUGCGGAUAUCCAGUGAAAAUACCAGCUAGAUCAUGUUAUUAAUUCAAUUCUAAAACACUGAAUAACAAUACAAUGAAAAUAACAAAAGCAGCAAGGAUGCUCUAGUCGGGAUACUAAAAUGGAGGAAUAGGCAAGACAAACCCGGACAGUUCUUCUGGAGAAAUGCUUAAACACAUCACACCAUAAAUAGCUAAUAAGUGCUGAGUGUUUGGAAGGUUGUAGCCAACAUAAUGAACCCUGUGAUUUAUUAGGAUACCCAUUAGCCCGACGCCAAUGGCGACAGCUAGUCUUACUUGGGUCCGACAUAUAACGAAAAAUACAUUACAAAAGACUUUACAAUCUACAUACAUUUAAAAACAUAAACAUGUAGUGCGUGUGUGUGCAUCUAUCAGUUACACAUGGAGUACUAGGGGGUAACUAGCCCCCCCUAAGAACAAUGUGUAAUUGUUGACACAAAAAAGCAACAUUUGAAAAAUAAAAUGGUAUGUGAAUGAAGAUCAUGCUUAGGCAAAUAAAACUAUUAAGGUACCCAGGUACCAGCACAUUCA